AUGCGUGAUGACUUUGUCCCAAAAUACGAACGCAAUUCCAACCCAGACAAGUUCAGUACGUACCGCAAACUAUGCGAAAGUCGAGUACGUCGCUUGGAACGCUACAAAAAGUCGAAGUCGUUCUGUUCCAUGGACAAUAUCUCUACAAAUUCAGAAGCCAAAACAACCAUGAAUCAGAGUUCAGAAGCCUUAAAUGGUGAUUCUGAAUCGAGAAAUUCAGAUUCAGAGGCCCGAAAGUCAGAAACUGAAAGCAGAGGGUCUGAUUCAGAAGCCAGAAAUCGAGAAUCCACACAUUCAGAUUCAGAAGAGCCAGUUGCGUCAUCGUCAGCCGAAGCCGCUCCACCAUCUGCUGAAAACUGCAACGCGUUUCAGAUGCUGAAACAGAAGAUGGUGAGUUGAUUAAUCACUCGGUUUGAUUAACGACCUUGUUUUGACGACUGCUUUUGGGCUAAAGAGUGCUUUUGGUUCAAGAGGAAUUGGGUUGUAAAACAAAUAAUUGAAGUUUAAAGUCCAGAAGGUCUAAAGAGCAUUUUAUAGACUGUCAUAACAGUAGUUCUGGUGAAAAACAAAGAAAUUUUACUAAAAAAAAACCUUUUUAACGUUAUCUUGCAAAAAAAAUUAAAUUAGGACCGUAUUUUAAAAUCAAAAUCGUAUUUUAGAAUAGUUUUAAAGCUUUUUUUCUUUUAAAAUUGUCGAAAAAUCGAGAAAAAACGAGCAAAAAAUCUUCUUCCGUUGCCGGGAAUCGAACCCGGGCCUUGCGGGUGAGAGCCGCAAAUCCUAACCACUAGACCACAACGGAACAUGUUUUAGAUAUUUUUCAUUCACCUCAAGAGCUUCUUUUAAUAUUGUUUUGGGCUCCAUAACAUUGGUUUACAGCGGCAAAAAUUAUUUUCUUCGACAUAUGGUCAAUUUUUAUUUUUCAGACCUUUUUCUCAAUGUUAACAUAAAUAUUUUGCAAAAAAAACAAAACUUCAAAGAAAUAAUGUUCCAUUACUUUCCCAACGUCUAACUUUCCCUCGUUUCAGAUCUCCUUAAUCGAAAACGACAUUCAGUUGUUCGAAAAGCUCCUGACCCUCGGCGACACGAUCCAAGACCUUCGCGAAAAGCAGGGGAUUCAGAAUCGCUCGUCCAGCGAGACGUCGCUGUCCUCGAACGCCGAAGAAGACGACGAAUGGCGACCGAUGGUGUCGCAGCCGUUCAGCGCGUCAAUGUCGGCGAUCACACGCCUGUACGUGGAGGACGACGACGAUGUGGACAAUCUGAAGCCGAACGUUCAGUAUUUCUCGCGGAAGAACUCGAUUCUCCGGAUUCCGAUCCCGCCCAGAGCCAGCAAUCGAUACCUGGGCCGACGAUUGAUCAACCGCGACAAAGUCGGGGACAAGAAGAUGCCGCUGGUCGAUGAGAGACUGGAUAAGGGAAUGGAGAGACUUGAUAAGACAAUUGAGAGUCAAGCAGAGAGAAAUGGCAUCGAAGAUCGACCGGUAAACAAGACUUUCUUCGAAAAUGAAGCGAUCGGCAAAGGUUUGUUUGACGAAAAUCGACUGGUCGAUAAGAUUGAGCACCAUGACAAGAGUAUGACGUUAAAUAGUCAAAGCAGCGAUGUCAGCCACGACAGCGAGUUGAGUCAGAUCAGUCAGGACAGUGUGGGUACUACAAGGAAUGGCACUGGAAACACAUCGAGGAAUUCUGAUGCCAGUCUGGAUUCUGGAAUAGCGUCAGCUGCAAUUGAUGCUGUUUAA